AAAGGCAGAGAGCAGGAGGCUAGGGAGGGUAGAGGACAAGGAGAAAUGCUCGCCGGCCAGCUGGCUGUUUGCAAGGUUUCCAAACACUGGCUCGUUCUGCGUGACGAGUUUAUCCCUGGUUUGCCCCCCAGCCGUCAGAGAAAAACAGCCUCCGUCUAACUGGGAUUUUCCUCUCGGCUGAUUUUGACAGCCUCUGGGAAGGUGGUUAUUAGACAGAUGACUGUGAACCUGCGUGGAUUACAUACCUUGCGCAGGAAAUGCUCCACUGCGUGCUGUCUACAAGUGCAGCUUUUUCUGUCGACAGUGCAGAAAGCUGGAUACUGCAGUGAGUUGAGGAUAUAAAGGGAAUGCUCACAGCACAACAGAGGCGAACUCACUCCUGGACAGGUACUCUCUGACGGAGGCCAAACUCUGAGGUGGAGGAGGCUGUAAAGAGGCCCUGAAGGAGCCUCAGACCCUCCCUACCUGACCUGGUCGGACACAUCGGACAGCCAUGGCUCCUCGGAAGCGUGGUGGCGGCGGCCGCGGUGGCCUCUCCUUCAUUUUCUGCUGCUUUAACAACAGCGAUCACCCGGAGAUCACUUACAGGCUGCGGGAGGACUUCGCUCUACAGUCCAUGGAGCCGUCACUGCCGAUGCCAGGAUACGAUGAACUGGAUGCCAUGUUUGCCGAGCUGGUGGAUGAGCUUGACCUUACAGAGAAACACAGGGAAGCCAUGUUCGCCCUGCCUGCAGAGAAGAAAUGGCAAAUCUACUGCAGCAAAAAGAAGGAACAAGAAGAAAACAAAAGUGCAACUAGUUGGCCAGAAUACUACAUCGAUCAGCUCAAUUCAAUGGCAGCUAGAAAGACGCUCCUCGCUCUGGAGAAAGAAGACGAGGAAGAGAGGAACAAAACCAUAGAGAGCUUAAAGACGGCUCUGAGGACCCAGCCGAUGAGGUUUGUGACUCGUUUUAUCGACCUGGACGGCCUGACAUGUAUCCUGAAUUUCUUGAAGAGCAUGGACUACGACACCACAGAGUCCCAGAUCCACACGUCUCUGAUUGGCUGCAUCAAAGCCCUGAUGAACAACUCGCAGGGCCGCGCUCACGUCCUCUCUCACACCGAGAGCAUCAACAUCAUCGCUCAGAGCCUGGCCACAGAAAACAUAAAGACUAAGGUGGCAGUGCUGGAGAUAAUGGGCGCUGUAUGUCUGGUGCCUGGUGGACACAAAAAAAUUCUGGAGUCCAUGCUGCACUACCAACGUUUUGCCUGCGAGAGGACGCGCUUCCAGACGCUAAUAAAUGAUCUGGACCGGAGUACAGGGAGAUAUAGAGAUGAGGUCAACCUGAAAACAGCCAUCAUGUCCUUUAUAAACGCUGUGCUGAGUCAAGGAGCAGGAGAGACUAGUUUGGAAUUCCGCAUCCACCUCCGAUAUGAGUUUCUUAUGCUGGGGAUCCAACCUGUGAUCGAUAAGCUACGUUCUCAUGAAAACUCCACAUUAGACAGGCAUUUAGACUACUUCGAGAUGCUGCGGAAUGAGGAUGAGCUGGCUAUAUCAAAACGUUUCGAGUCGGUACAUGUGGACACCAAAAGUGCCACUCAAGUUUUUGAUCUCAUCCGGAAGAAGAUGAACCACACUGAUGCAUACCCGCACUUUAUGUCUGUCCUGCACCACUGUCUGCUCAUGCCACACAAGAGGAGUGGUAACACGGUGCAGUACUGGCUGCUGCUGGACCGGAUCGUCCAGCAGAUGGUCUUGCAGAACGACAAAGGUCACGACCCCGACGUCGCACCACUGGAGAAUUUUAACGUGAAGAAUGUUGUUCGGAUGCUGGUUAAUGAAAAUGAGGUCAAACAGUGGAAAGAGCAGGCAGAGAAAAUGAGAAAAGAGCACCAUGAGCUGCAACAGAAAUUUGAGAAAAAGGAGCGCGAAUGCGACGCCAAGACCCAGGAGAAGGAGGACAUGAUGCAGACGCUCAACAAGAUGAAAGAGAAACUGGAAAAGGAGAGCAACGAGCACAAAAAUGUCAAACAGCAAGUUGCCGAACUCACCGCACGAUUGCAUGAGCUCAGCACACAGCGACAGGCAGCUGUUGUUCCCGGCGGCCCUCCACUCGUCCCUGGCCCUCCCGGUGGCCCAGUGCCUCCUCCACCCAUGCCUGCGUUCGGAGGUCCGCCGCCUCCUCCGCCUCCCCCUGGUGGUAUGAUGCCUCCUCCGCCUCCCCCACCUCCGCCCGGUGGCCCUCCACCUCCUCCUGGCUGCCCGCCCAUGCCGGGUAUUCCUCCUCCGCCAGGUGCACCUCUGGGUCCAUCUAUGAAGAAGAAGAACAUUCCUCAGCCUUCCAAUGCACUCAAGUCAUUCAACUGGUCCAAGUUAGCCGAGAAUAAGCUGGAGGGUACUGUGUGGAUGGACGUGGACGACGCCAAGGUUUUCAAAAUCCUGGACCUGGAGGAUAUUGAAAAGACCUUCUCAGCCUAUCAGAGGCAGCAGGACUUCUUAAUGAUCAAUAACAGCAAACAGAAAGAGGUAGAAGACGAGACACUGAGCUCUAAAAAAGUCAAGGAGCUGUCAGUCAUUGACGGCCGUCGAGCUCAAAACUGUAACAUCCUCCUCUCACGAUUGAAGCUGUCAAAUGAGGAGAUCAAGAGAGCCAUUCUAACCAUGGACGAACAGGAGGACCUUCCCAAAGACAUGCUGGAGCAGCUGCUGAAGUUUGUCCCAGAGAAGAGCGACGUGGAUCUCCUGGAGGAGCACAAACAUGAGCUCGACCGAAUGGCCAAACCCGACCGCUUCCUCUAUGAGAUGAGCAGAAUAAACCACUACCAGCAGAGGCUGCAGUCUCUGUACUUCAAGAAGAAGUUUGCAGAGAGGAUAGCUGAGAUCAAACCCAAAGUUGAAGCUCUCACCAAGGCGUCUAAGGAGAUUUUACAGAGCAGAAACCUGAGGCAGCUGUUGGAGGUGGUUCUGGCCUUUGGAAACUACAUGAACAAGGGUCAGAGGGGAAAUGCUUACGGCUUCAAGGUGUCUUCACUCAACAAGAUUGGUGAUACCAAAUCCAGUAUCGACAAAAACAUCACUCUGCUGCACUACCUGAUCACCAUACUGGAAAAGAAAUAUCCCAAAGUCCUGAUGUUCCUGGAGGAUCUGCAGAGCAUCUCAGAGGCAGCCAAAGUCAAUAUGACAGAGCUGGAAAAGGAUAUCGGCAACCUGCGAAGCGGCUUAAAAAGUGUAGAGAGUGAACUGGAAUACCAGAAGAAACGACCGCAGGAGCUGGGCGACAAGUUUGUGUCGGUGGUGAGCCAGUUCAUCACGGUGGCCAGCUUCAGCUUCUCCGACGUCGAAGACUCUCUCAUCGAAGCCAAAGAACUGUUCCAGAAGGCAGUAAAGUACUUUGGUGAGGACGCCAGCAAGAUGCAGCCAGAUGAGUUCUUUGGCAUCUUUGACCAGUUCCUGCAGUCGUUCGCAGAGGCUCAGCAGGAGAACGAGAACAUGCGAAAACGCAAGGAGGAGGAGGAGCGCAGGGCCAAAAUGGAAGCUCAGCUAAAAGAGCAGAGGGAGAAAGAGCGAAAGGCCCGGAAAGCAAAAGCAAACGGGGAGGACGAUGGAGGCGAGUUCGACGACUUGGUGUCGGCGCUGCGAUCGGGCGAAGUCUUCGACAAGGACUUGUCCAAGAUGAAACGGAACCGCAAGCGGAUCAACAACCAGAGCACGGACUCGAGCAGAGAGCGGCCGGUCACAAAGCUCAACUUCUAAGCGUGGUUCAAGUCGUGAUCCCGCCUCCCACCUCUGUUCAUCAUAAGUUUCCUUCUGGGUCGAACUGACACGCACAUUCCUCUGCACCCUCCUCCACUCCUCCUCCCACCCGGCUCGGCUUCAGUAAACCACGGCCUUGCAUCAUCACAGCACAACACGUUUGGACCUUUCAUCCUCGGAGAUUUUCAGAAGCCAAAAAGUUGAUACCGUGCGACCAAAUCAGAUAAUUCCCACUGGAGGAUGUUUGGUCAUGCUGGAGGAAAGUUUCCCUCCAGGUGUACAAGAUGCUUGUUCGAUAGGAAACGUUUCUAUACGUCAGAAUCUAUGCACAGAGUGAAAAUGUGCAGCCAGGUGAGUCCAAACAGGAAGACGAUUCCAUUAAAAACACGAAGGGGCCAUUUUGUACGGACUGAUUUCGUAGAUUGAGAGGAACUGAAUAUUCCUGGAGAACCUGAACUUCCUCUAAAACGCUCUCUUGGACUGAGACAGAUUUUAAACUGCGAGCUGAGAAGAAGAGUUUUUUUUGUUUGUUUUUUCUAUUCAUCAUUAUUGACGUGCAGCAUUUAUAUAUCUGAUCACUGUAUGUUUUAUUUGAACAUUUUCCCGUUAAGAGCUGGCCUUAACUGUUGAUUUUCUUUGUUGAGUGGGUACUCUCAAAGGCCUGGGCCUGAUCUGCAAUUUCUCAACAAGUGUGAACACUCUGGUCGUAGAUAUAUAUACAUGUAUAGAGCCAUGUGCUUGUUCCACAUGCACAUAGGAGUUAAUAAUUACUCUGCUAAACGCCAUUAAAACCGCACCCAGUCGAUGCAAUACACUCGUCUCCCCCCUCUGAAGAGAGUGCCCUCCUUUAAUGUUUUUAUUUGAGUAGAUGAAAUAUGUUUUCUGCACGUUGGCUGGAUUUACACUGCGGUAAAAAAGAAAAAGAAAAAACAAACAAAACCCAGAUUUUACACUCUGAUCCAUAUGUGAUGUUUUCAUUCCUUUAGAAACAUCACAUCGAGACACGUAACUUCUGGUUUUAAUUUGUCCCUUCGGCUGUGUGAAUCCAUCCAGCGUCCGACGCCUCAACUGAACUUUUAUAAUUUAAAUAUUGCCUUCCAUUGUACAAUGACUUGAUGAUAAUAAAUGUGAGAAAACA